CUCCUUUCAUGUCCAAAUACCAUGAAUGUGGUACCGUUGGGCUUCAAUACUGGAACGGUGGUAGGUCUGUAGAUCGAUACGGGACAAAUUGGACCUUGAAGAUUUUGAUGCGUACAGCAAGAAACCUCUGGCACUAGUUUUUAGGCCCAAAAACGUACUUAUUUUCUAGAUAACGCAAAGCAUACGGUUCGCAUCCACACAACCUUACGUUAAUUGUAGUACUGUCAUUGACUAUAUGUCUCAUUUCGUCGACUUGAGGCCUCUAUGAUCGAGAGAGGAGGAGUUUAUAUUAUUUAUCGAUGGUGUUUUUGAAUGGCAAGCCAUAUCACCGUAAUUCUUCACCAAAUCUCAAGAUUGAGCCACCAAUUUCGAAGGCUUCCUUCUCCUUCAGUUAGUAUCGAGCUCGUCGUUACCUGGAUCCUGAUAGUAUCCAUCCUACUCUGGAAGGCAAAAGCUGAAAAAAUAUUUAGUCUUAACCGUGACGGUAGUAAAUGGAGCCGUACUGUUAUGACCUGUAACUGCAGUUGGGGAAUCAUCCCCGAGGGUUUGGAAGACCGCAACAGGUCUGUGAAAGUGAAAAUCAUCGGAGGAGCACCAGUGACUAAAAAAGAGGUGUACCCCAUGAUGGCAGGUCUCCAUGCCAACGGCUGUGUUAUCUGUGGUGCCUCGAUCCUCACGGAGUACCAUGCUCUCACAGCUGCUCACUGCUUUGAUGAAGAAAAUAUUUCUGAAAUGUCACUAGCCGUUGGCAUUCGAAAAAGGUGUAAGGAAGACGACGAUGAAGGACAAUACAUACCACUUAUUGCACAUGCCCACAUCCAUGAGUAUUAUGAUGAAUAUUAUAACCACCAGGACAUAGCGAUUGUAGUCACUCAAAGGAAGAUCAUAUUUGGCUACAAUGUCGGGCCGACUUGCAUUCAUGCGGCACCAUUUAAAUCAUUGGAUGAACCCAUUCUUAUUCUUGGAUGGGGAAAAACUUCUGAAACAGGAGUUCCAAGCACGAACUUGUUAAAAGUCUUCCUGAAGGCCUUGGAUACGACUCUCUGCGUGCGAACAUUGCCCCCGGGUUUCAUCAAUGAAAAUUUAAACUCACAGUUGUGCACAUAUGCAUCAGACAAAGACGCCUGCGCUGGAGAUUCCGGAGGACCGCUUUUCGUCCUGGACCGUUCACAGAACCGCCUCGUUCAGAUUGCACUGAUAUCGAUGGGAAUAGGCUGCGCGAGGUCUGGAGAGCCCGGAGUCAACACCGCCAUCUAUCCCUACUUAGGUUGGAUCCAAUGGACAAUCGAAAGAACAAUGAGGAUGUACCAUAAGGGCGAUUAUCACCAUUGUGGACAUUCAUUUUGUUACAUAACAGAACCUCUAAGGAGUCAAGGGGAAUGAAACAAUUACUAAUUACUCUGAGGGAAGAAACGAGCC